AUGGUUUCCGAGACGAUGAACCAAUCAAAGAACGUGUGUGUGAUUGGAGCCGGACCGUCAGGCAUAGUAGCGGCCCGAGAGUUAAGAAAAGAAGGUCACAAAGUAAUAGUCUUGGAACAAAACCAUGACAUUGGAGGACAAUGGUUAUACGACGAUCAAAAUAUCGAAGGGGAGGAUCCUUUAGGAAGAAACCCUUUUCUAAAACUUCAUAGCAGUGUCUACAGCUCUUUAAGAUUAGCAUCUCCAAGGGAAGUGAUGGGAUUCACAGACUUUCCAUUUUUGAUCAAGAAAGGUAGAGACAUGAGGAGGUUUCCUAGUCAUGUUGAAGUGCUUAUGUAUCUAAAGGAUUUUUGUGAAUGGUUUGGGUUGAGAGAGAUGAUAAAGUUCAACACAAGGGUUGAAUAUGUUGGAAUGUUGGAUGAUAAUGGUGUUUGUAGAAAUGAUUUAAAAUGGAUUGUUAGAAGCAAAGAGAAAAAUAGUGAUAAAGCUAUGGAAGAAGUUUUUGAUGCAGUGGUUGUUGCCACUGGGCAUUAUUCUCAACCAAAAUUGCCAUCCAUUAAAGGAAUGGAUUCAUGGAAAAGAAAACAAAUGCACAGUCACAUUUACAGGACUCCAGAACCAUUCCACAAUGAGGUUGUGGUGGUAGUUGGAAAUUCCUUUAGUGGACAAGAUAUAGCAAUAGAGCUAGUGGGAGUAGCAAAGGAAAUCCAUAUAAGUUCAAGAUCUCUUAAUACUAUAACUGAAGGCUUUUCUAAAGUCAUAUCCAAACGUGACACCUUACAUCUUCAUCCACAGAUUGAAACACUUGAAGAGGAUGGAAGGGUGAUUUUCAAGGAUGGUUCUUGGCUUAAAGCAGACUCUAUUUUGUACUGUACAGGGUACUCCUAUAGCUUCCCUUUUCUUGACACCAAAGGAAUGGUGGUUGUUGAUGAUGACAGAGUAGGCCCUUUGUUUGAGCACACUUUUCCACCAUCACUUGCUCCAUCUCUUUCUUUUAUAGGCAUUCCUAAAAAGAUCUUAGGAUUCCCUUUCUUUGAGUCCCAAGCAAUGUGGGUAGCUCAAUUGCUUUCUGGGAAAAAAGCAUUACCAUCAUGGGAUGAAAUGAUGAAAUCCAUCAAAGAGCUCUACCAUUCAAGAGAAGUAGCAGGCAUUCCUACUCAUGAUAUUGGAGACUUUGAGUAUUGUGACAAAUAUGGAGAGAAUGUAGGACUUCCACCAUUGCAAGAAUGGAGAAAAGUGUUGUGCAUUUCAUCUAUUGUCAACUCUAUUGUCAACUUGGAGACAUAUAGAGAUUCCUGGGAUGAUGAUGAGUUGCUUCAAGAGGCACUUAAAAGUCCUCACUUCACUCAACUUGGACUUGAAGAUUGA